AUGGAGAAGGUGAAUAGUGUCAUGAUAGCAACAAUCGUGUUGGUAGCAAUUUGUUUCGUUCAAGUGGAAUCGGCUUUGGAAGAAAAGAUUCUGCGCGUGGUGAGUAAAGUACAUGCGGAUCCAAACGUCUUUGUGAGUGUUGAGGAGAAGAGAGCAAAGCGACAUGGAAAUUGUGUGGAUACAGGAGCGGUCGAUGAUAAUCCCGUAUGUGCAUCAAAUGGCAAGCAAUAUAUGAACAAAGACGUUUUCGAGUUUCACAAGUGCAUUAUUCAAGCGAGGUUUGGCGAGAUCAUUGAAAUUGUUGACAUGGAGGUCUGCAAGAACGCUAAGAAGGAAGAUAUUGACGUGCCGGACAUUGACUACAUGUAA